CUCAAAUUUUGGCAAGUGUUACAAGACAUUGCGUAAAAUUGUCUGUUUGAAUUAGCAAGCUAUAUUUUUAUUGAGGACAUUGAUUGCUAUGCUUUUUAGAACUUAAACAACUGUUCAUGCUAAAAUUGUGCAUUGCUGACUUCGCAUUCAAGUCUUGGCGCUGUAAAUGAAAGCUGACUUUAUCAUGAAUGCCCUACUUCAAACCUUCCUUAUACUGGAACUAAUGAUAGGGACUUCAGUAUAUGCUGAAUACCAUAAAAGUUGCCAGCACGAAGAACGCCUUCUGAUUACUCCAUUUAUAUCCACUGUUAGUGGGAAAUUCGUUUCCGAUAUCUCAUUUGAUCCACAAGACUAUAAAACGGGUCCUGAAGCUGAUAAAAGAACAGCAAAUCCCACAGAUUUAUACAUAACCAUUCCAUUGAACACUAGAGCCUUUACCCUGGAGCUCCAUAAACAAAAUAUCCAUACCAGCAAACGUCACAGAGAGUGGACCAGUGGAAACAUCACGUACUCUGAGAUAUUAGAGGAUGAUUGUUUUUACCAAGGAUUUGUUAUUGGUCAAGAUAGAAGUUUUGCUGCUGUGUCUUUAUGUGACGGAUUGAAUGGUUAUAUCCUGACAGACGAAUAUGAAAUUUCAAUUGACCAUUUAGAACAACUAGAGAAUGAUGGUCUUAGUAAUGAAUCACUUCAUAAUGUUAAACUUUGUUCCAUUCCGAAAGAUACUAGGUAUAUGCGACCAAACGAGAGGAAUCUUAGAAGACGAAAACGGCAGACGAAGAGUGGAAGGAAAUAUCUUGAAGUUCUCAUUGUAGCCGAUACUAGCGUCACUGCGAUCGUUAGCAAAAACAAACUGGAAACCUACUUACUUACCCUCAUGAAUAUUGUGAACAAGGUAUACAAACACGACACGUUAUCUGCGGAUAUUGAAGUUGUUACUGUGAAAACCGUGGAGAUGGACAAACAGACGGAGAGUACUAUAAUACAUCGGAAUGAUGCUAGAAGGACUGUGGACAAUUUCUGUCGAUGGACAGCGCAACAAGCCUACAACAAGAUGAGCAACAAUGGAGGACACCAUUUUGACGUCGCAGUUCUUCUGACGAGAACUGGAAUAGGACCUGCUGGUUAUGCCCCGAUCACUGGGAUGUGUAACCCAAGUCGAAGCUGCGCAGUGGUUAAAGACGAGGGGUUUACAUCAGCCUUCAUUAUAGCUCACGAGGUGGCGCAUAUCUUCGGGUUGUAUCACAACGGCCACGGAAACACAUGCUCCGGACGUCAGUAUGAAACGAGUAUCAUGGCCGCGAUGGUGAGAUCAAACCUAAAGCUGUACUGGUGGACAGACUGUAGUAACGAAAGAAUGAACCAAGUCCUCCCAUCCCUAACCUGUUUGAAUAACAGACCAUCUUCAUCAAAAUCUGUUGAAUUGCCAUUAGGAAAAGAGUUCUCACUCACGGAGCAGUGUCGUAAUGAGUUUGGGGCUGGUAACGUUCUAUGUCCGAGGUUUUACGGAGAGAUAUGUGCAAUGUUGUGGUGUUCCGGUCCUACCGAUCGGGGUAAUGGAAUGUGCAAAACCAAACGGGGACCUCCCCUUGAAGGAACUCCAUGUGGAAACGAAAAGCAUUGUGAAGAUGGCCGUUGUGUUUAUUUUGGUCAUCACACGCCUGUAAACGGAGGUUGGAGCGCUUGGGGAAAGUGGUCGUCGUGUUCCGCUGCAUGUGGUAUUGGGUUACGGCAGAGGACUCGUGACUGUACAAAUCCAAAGCCCAUGUAUGACGGGAAAGAGUGUGGUGGUCACAGCGAUGAGAGGGACACAUGUAAAUCUACUGUCUGCACUUCAUAUACAGAUGUUCGUAAGAUCCAGUGUGGCAUGCUGGACUCGAUGGGUGUUAGACCUGGCCAGCACAAUUGGAUGCCAUAUCAAGUAAAAGACCCUGAGAAGUUAUGCGUUCUGUCUUGUGUUUCCAAUCUCACAAGAGAAAUCGCUACAUUUGACAACAUUCUUGUGGAUAAUGGUGUUCCAUGUUCCUAUGAUGAUCCAACUAACAUCUGUGUGGACGGAAAAUGCAUUGACGUUGGUUGUGACGGGAAGAUGAAUUCCACUGUCAAACAAGACAUAUGUGGAAUUUGCGAAGGAGAUAAUUCUCAGUGUAAAAUUGUGGAAGGAAGAUUUCACAAAAAAUUCAAAUCAAACCAAAAUGACUACGUGGAUUUGCUUGUUUUACCUAAAGGCGCUAGGAACAUCACCAUUAAGGAGUUAUCCAAGGCUUCACAUUUUCUUGCCCUCCAGGAUCCGAGAUAUGGCAUUUAUCUCUUGAAUGGCGGACGGACGCAUGGUCCAUCUCGUGAGUUUGUAGCAACUGGGGCCUGGUUUGUGUACAAAUACGGGAAUCUGGAAAUGUUGAUGUCCAAAGGUCCAAUUCAAAGAAAACUGAAAGUUAUGGUACUGCCACGUAAUAAAUAUUCAUACGCAUCAUACGAUUACCAGUACACGACUUCAAAAGACGAUAACACCCAUGAAAAAAUGUUUUAUUACUACAAAUAUGAGGGGUGGACAGAUUGUUCUGUCACCUGCGGAACAGGUGAGCAGAGUUUAAUUUACGGAUGCUAUAGCAAGGAAAACGACACCAAAGUGGACAGAGGAAAAUGUCAGUAUUUGAAAGAUCCGAGUGGAAAACCGGUUAAAUGUAAACGAAUGGCAUGUACACCAUACACGCUAAGAUGGGCAAUGCUUAAUGACUGGACAGAUUGUAAUGAAACCUGUGGUGAGAAUGGCAUACAGCAUCAACUAUACAAGUGUGAGAAAGAAACAGGUGGCAAAAUAGAAUACCUUGACUUAUCUUUAUGUGACGAGGUUCUUCCUCCUCCUCCGUAUACCCGGGCCUGUAACCGGGUCCCGUGUCAAGAUUAUGGGUGGAUGGACUCCGGGAGGUGGGGUGAUUGCUCACAAACAUGUGGUAAUAGUGGACAAAGAAAUAAACUAUUUCGUUGUGAAGAUGCUUCAAAGAGAGAAGUUAAUGAAACACUUUGUCAAAGACCUAAACCAACAAUAAUUGAGAAAUGCAAUAGUCAACCAUGCAUAACAGAAUGGUACCAGUUGGUAUCAACGGAAACAUGGGGGCCCUGUUCAGCUACUUGUGGAGAAAACGCUUAUCAAACCAAGUUGAAAGAGUGUGUUCGAAGAAAUUCUAGAAAUGAAACUGUAAAAGUAACAAUGGCUAAAUGUUCCGAAUCGCCAAAAGAAGAAGACUUGAUUCGACCUUGUAGUUAUAUUCCCUGUUAUCAAGCUACUUAUAAAUGGCUGUUAGAAAAGGACUGGUCUGAUUGUUCACAUGGAUGUGGGGAAGAAGGAGUACAAAAUCAGUUGUACAGGUGCUUUGAUGUGACGUUUGAAUAUGCCAUGAAGAAUGUGGAGGAUAAUUUCUGUGAUGAGUCGAGUAGUGCCAAUGUUACGAGACCGUGUAACCGAGUAGACUGUUUCAGUUUUAAAUGGGUGUCAUUGUCAUGGAGUGAAUGUACGACAACAUGUGGGAUGGACGGAAUUCGUAAACAAACAUUUUCUUGUUCAAAAGUGUAUAUAAACAAAACUUUAGAAGAUGUAGAUUCAUCAUAUUGCAGUCACAUAGAAUAUCCAAACUUAACUGAAGAAUGUAAUAGAAUUCCUUGUGAAUAUAAGGUCUACAGUUGGAUUAUGGUGCCAGGAUGGACGGAUUGUUCUUCAUCGUGUGGUGAAGGGACUCAGUCUGCCUUGUUUGGGUGUUAUGUCGUUUACAAGAAUGAUACAAUGACACCAGCGGGUAACGAUACACUCUGUAGUCAUAUUCCUAUGCCUCAUUAUACCAGAGCGUGUAAUUUAGGCUCGUGUGAUCAUUAUCAGUGGAGUAAAGCGUUUGAUUGGACGGCUUGCUCUACUUCCUGUGGAGAAGAUGGUGUUCAAAUCAAAAUACAUGUAUGUGAAAAUGUUUCACCAGAUGGAUCAAUCAUUCCAACCAGUUCUUCAUUCUGCAAACAUUUACCAGAUGUGUCUGAAAUACGUCCUUGUAAUAGAAUACCUUGUAUUUCUUGGAGAUAUAGAAUUCGACAAUCAUCCUAUCUAUCGGAAUGCUCAGAGACAUGCGGAAGUAAAGGAGUUCAGUAUUAUCCAUAUUCAUGUCAAAAAGAGUUUUUGAACAAUGGUACCGCAGAGGAAGUAGAAAUGGAAUACUGUAGCACUAUUGUGUUUCCUAAUACGACGUUUCCCUGCAAUAGAGUACCAUGUACCCGACAAUGGAUUACCGACGACUGGGGGAGAUGUUCUGUGUCCUGUGGCGUGGGCGUCCAGAGAAGAUACAUAUAUUGCGGGUCGAUAGCUGAAAAUCUCAAUCCGUCCCAGUGUUCUUCGCCUACUCCAGCUACCACCAAAGUGUGCAAUCAGCCCGAGUGUAACACUGAUGUCUGCUCGGACAAAAUCUCUAUAUGCAGUAGAGGCGCCACACGCAACACGUGUCGAUACCGGGGAUAUAAAUUCAUGUGCUGUGCUUCCUGUCAGAGAUUCCGAAUCUGAAACUGGCUUACUGUUUCAAUCAUUCACGGUGGACUAUAUAAGAAAGCGGAAGGAUGCAAAAGCGUUUCAAGUAAUGAAUAAAACAACAUGGAAUAUAAUCACGGAUUAUUUUUUAGAGUAUGUGCGUUAUGGUUUAUACAUGUAACACGUAGUAGUCACAUUUACAGCGUUGAUACAAAACAUUUUUUUAAUCCAAAGAUGGAUGUGUGUACAUAUAUCAUUAAGAACACAUUUUUAAAAUUCAAUUUGUAUAUAUUCAAAGGUACCUGUAUAAUAAAUGAUUUAAAACAUGUA